AUGUCCAAUUUUGUUAAGCAUCAAUUUAAUUAUUUUGCAACAGAACAAAAUCAGUAUGUGGAAGAAAAUUUUGGACCAGGAUUUCCGAGCAUUUAUGAACUAUCAACAGAAAUGUCUUUGCUCUUUAUUAAUUCACAUUAUAGUUUAAAUGGUAUCCAACCUUUCACUCCAGCAGUUAUCGAAGUGGGAGGCCUCCACAUUGACGAUUCCGAAGAAAAACUUAUACCGGUGCUGCAAUCAUGGCUGGAUGAAAAAACCCUGAAAGCUUUUUAUGCUACUUUUAAAAAUAUAUCACCUGUUCUUGUUUUAAUGAAAAUUGCAAGGCCGAAGGAAUUGCUGCCUGGUCUUCCAAAAAAUGUUAAAACUCAUCCAUGGCUUCCCCAAGUUCAAGUUUUGAAACAUAAGAAUGUGCAAGUCUUUGUGACCCACGGUGUGAUGGGAACGUUGGAAUCGAUCUACGCUGGAGUUGCAAUGGUCGGAAUACCCCUCUUUGGGGAUCAAAUUAAUAAUAUUAACUCAUAUAAAAAGAAGAAAAUGGCAGUCUCCUUAGACUUUAGAAAUAUCACUGAAACUGCUUUCACUGAGGCUAUCAACACGAUUUUAAAAGAUUCCGAUUGUAGAAAUAACAUUGAGAGGGCAUCUAAACUUUAUUAUGAUAGCCUAACCACUCCUCAAGAAACGGCCGUUUUUUGGACAGAAUACGUCAUAAGACAUGGAAAUGUGCUACGGUCUCCAGCGGUAGAUUUGAAAUGGUAUCAAGUCCAAUUAUUGAAUGUUUAUGGUUUUCUCGUAUUUAUUAUCUUAUUUGUUUUUUACAUUAUUUUUUUUGAUGGUAAGAACUUCAAUCAGAUGUGUCUGUAG